CCGGAAGCUCCGCCCACGAGCGUGCGUCGAGACGUACAUUACGUGAGCACGUCCGUAUUUCCGCGCGGCGCCAUUUCGGAGCGGAUCUGAUCCAGGACUCAAACACGCACGGUCAGCAAAAGGCGACAUUCACGGUUGAGCCAUGCAUCGCGACUGCCCUCUGGACUGUAAGGUGUACGUUGGGAAUCUGGGAAAUAAUGGGAACAAAUCCGAACUGGAGAGGGCAUUUGGCUACUACGGACCCCUGCGGAGUGUCUGGGUGGCCAGGAACCCUCCCGGUUUUGCAUUCGUUGAGUUUGAGGACCCUCGCGAUGCCACAGACGCCGUCAGAGAGCUGGACGGACGGACCCUCUGCGGUUGCCGAGUGAGGGUGGAGCUGUCCAAUGGCGAGAAGCGCUCUCGUAACCGGGGUCCGCCUCCGUCCUGGAGCCGACGCCCACGCGAUGACAACCGCAGGCGCAGCAGCCCCGCCCCCAGGCGCAGAUCGCCCAGGAGGAGGAGCCUCAGUCGUAGUCGCAGCAGAUCUCUUUCCAGAGAGCGGCGGAGGGAAAGAUCACUGUCUCACGACAGAAACCACAGGCUCUCACGAUCUUUCUCCCGAUCAAGGAGUCGUUCCAGAUCUACUGAACGGAAAUGAACUGAGAAGACCGUUGUGACGGAAACCUCGGCACAGAUCAAACAUGUUGAAAAGAUUGAGUCCCCCCAAUUUUUUUUAGUUUUUUUUUAUAUUGACAUUAUCUUCUUAGCGGUUCUGUUUCCCUCUGUAGCCGCGGUUGUGCGUGUUUGCAGUUUUAAUGCGACGGCAUUCCAUCUCACACUUUUAAGACUCUUUUUUUAGUUGUGUUUUUGGCGGUGAAUCUGAUUGGUCCUGCUGCGCUGACCUUGAGCGUUUGAUUUGUGUUUCUGUGCGAUCAGAGGGGGGGGUGUAACAGCACUAUGACGGCAGCAGGGGGUGGAAUGGAGAACCGCUUUCAUUCUUGUUCAUUUUUUUCCCUUGUAGUGUUUGUACUGUUUAUAAUGUUGAUCUGAAUUAAAAGUCAUUACAAAAAUGC